CUAUGGUAGAUUCAUUCACUCGUUCAGUCUUUCUCUGUCAAAAUGGCUGCCGUGCAAGAGGCGAGACGCGAACCAAUCCAAGCCGUCCAGGUUUUCGGACGCAAGAAAACAGCGACUGCCGUCGCAUACUGUAAGCGUGGUCAUGGAGUGCUCCGUGUGAACGGGCGCCCGCUGGACCUGGUGGAGCCCCGCCUGCUGCAGUACAAACUCCAGGAGCCCAUCCUGCUGCUCGGCAAGGAGAAGUUCUCUGGUGUAGACAUCAGAGUGACGGUGAAGGGUGGUGGCCACGUCGCACAGGUCUAUGCCAUCAGACAGGCCAUCUCCAAGGCACUCAUUGCCUUCUACCAGAAAUAUGUAGAUGAAGCGUCGAAGAAGGAAAUCAAGGACAUCCUCGUCCAAUACGACAGGAGCUUGUUGGUGGCUGACCCCAGGCGCUGCGAGCCCAAGAAGUUCGGCGGUCCAGGCGCUCGUGCCCGCUACCAAAAGUCCUACCGUUAAGAUUACAUCUACCGUCGUCCACUGGUAUUGCAUUGGUAUUUUUGUACUGUCAGUGCGAUAGCAUUGGGUGUCAAUAAAAAAGUUAAAAAUUUAA